AUGCAUAAGGAAAGUUAUGCCAUCUACAUUUACAAAGUGUUGAAGCAAGUACAUCCCGAUACUGGUAUUUCCUCAAAGGCCAUGAGUAUCAUGAACAGUUUUGUUAAUGAUAUUUUCGAACGUAUUGCCGCUGAAGCAUCUCGUUUGGCUCAAUACAACAAACGUUCGACCAUCACCAGUCGGGAAAUUCAAACUGCCGUCCGUCUAUUGUUGCCCGGUGAAUUGGCUAAGCACGCUGUCAGUGAAGGCACCAAGGCUGUAACCAAAUACACCAGCUCCAAGUAAAUUUUAUUUA